AUGUGUAACAUGAUUAUUGAUAUCAUACAUUUUAAAAUGUGUGCCAAUUACAUAAUCGAUACACUCAUGAGGUUUAAGAAUUGCAACGAGGACUUAAUUGAGCCAAACACANAAGCCCUGCAUCAAAGGGAUGUUGAGAUUGAAGAGUUGACAACAUCGUUACGACAAGUAUUAGCUUCUAAGGAUAUGUUAAACAUAAAAGUCAAGUUUCUAAAUUCAUGCAUUGAAAGUUAUAAUGAAAAGGUAACCAACUUGGAAGAUAAAUUACGUGAGGCCGAAUCGAAAUUCACCGAGUCCGAAAAGAAACUAAAAAUGUCCACUGAAAAAAUUGAUGGACUGCGCUUGGUAAUCCAGGAUUUAAUGGCACAUGCUCAAACCAAAACUGAGAGAGAACAGACCCUCAACCGUCAUGUUCAGGAGUUGGAGGUGGUCGUUAUCGCGCGGACGACAGAAAAAGAAGAGCUUAUCAAAGCUAGCGAGAAAAACAAUCACGCAAUAAGUCACUUGCAAGCUCAGCUUGAUAAUAAAAUUCAGGAAAUUGAAGCACUGAAUUCAUACAGCUCAAGCACCACCCAGCAAACCGAGGUUCCUCCACCCAAACAGAUAAACAUGACACUUCUAAGCGAUCAACAAAAAAAACCACUUGACAAACUCCUUGGGCUUGAAGAAAGUUUGUCGAAGUAUUUUCAAGUUAAGGAUAAGAUGAUUAAGAAGGUCAAAGAUUUGGAGAAAAAAAAGAACGAACUGUUACUCCAGCAAGAAUAUCUUCUGGAGACAUCAUCAAAGCAGCAAUUGCAGAUUGAAAGCUUGCGGACAAAACUGGAACAGAAGAGGUGGAACGAGCCAGAUGCCUAUAGACAAACUAUUUUGAGACUGAGCUCUCAAAUAUCUGAACUCAGUAACAAAAGAAAAUUUGAUAAGCAGGUUUUAUAUUACCAGAAUGUCGAGCUGAACGAAAUAAAAGCUCGACUGGAGCGUGUAAGUUCUACUCUUGCUGGUAAAGAAACUGAGCUAUUAAAAGUUUCCCAAACGAAAAAUGAGGCGAUGGGAAAACUAAGUGACGAAAUAUCAGUUUUGACUUCGUUGCUCAGUGAAAAAGACAAUGAAAUUUUUUGCCAGCAAGAGAAUCUCAAGGAGAAAGAGAAUUUAAUACAAACAAUAAUGGAUGACUCUAAAAUUUUACAUAGUUCGUUAGAAAUGAUUCACGCAAAAAUCAAGGAAUCAGGAAAUUUUCUAGACCUCCGUAAAAAACUAAAGCACGAGCGUAGGAAAAACGCUAAGCUAUCAAAGAUGAUCACGAUGUUGAAGACUGAUUUAGAGAUGGACACUUUGAGGCCACGUAACAUAUAG